CUUCGAAUUCACGCUCAGUAGUGAUUCCUUUGCAUUUAACUGUGAGUUAGGGGUUACAUCUCACGUUGAAUUUCAGGUCACUAACAAUCGAAUGAUAUAUUGCCAGGCCAUGAUCUAAUUUACAGUCAGUUUAACGCAAUUCUGAUCAUGCCUUAGCUUAGAAUGUUGGUGUAAAGUAUCAGGUGUCGUGUGUGGUAGUAAUAGAAUCAUAAUAUAAUAAAAUAUUGAUUAUAUAAUUAACCGCCAUUAGUAUACGACCAAGUUCGAACGCUUCUGUAUUUUUCAUGUGGUCUGAAAUGUGUCCACAGUAUACAACUAUGCGAGUAAACUUAAGUGGACUAUAAUUAUAGUCAUAUGUGACUAAGAGAACACCUAAUAUAGUCGAUGGAGUUGGGGUUUUAGAUAUUCAGAUGGUAUAUUUAGUGGGCUGGACGUCAAAAUUGUUUGAUGUUAGUUAUUGAGUGUUGGUCAAAAGCUUACUAUUAUCUUGUAUCCUACAUGAAUCACUUACAUGUCUUAACGUGCGAUUUUAAAACAUGAUUACGUGAAAUUACGUGUACAGUAUUUAUGGCUAUUGACUCAGGUAGCAGUCGUGUCUUGAAAUGCAAUUCCGAAAGGUAGAUAUCCUAUUUAGAUGGAAAGUUGACGAUUUAUCGACAUCUCAAACAUAGAGCGCCAAACGGGUGAAAUAUCGCAUUAUUUCCCCAUGAAAGGCAAAUAAAGAGACUUCAUGCUGCGUAUCCUCUAAUUUUUUUUUAGCAGAAUAUCCCCUUUAUUGGUUGUUUGUGAGGUUUCAGUUAAUGUCGGUUGAAAAAAUUUGAAAAUCCAGUGCUUUGUUAUGUUCGACUUCGUACCUUUUCUCAAGUGUAUCUCUGUGUAGAGAUGUUUGUGAAAGUGUGUUUCCGUUUGUAUUAGGAUUCGACUAUCUUAUGUUCGUUUAUAUUAAGCUGUUUUAUCUCAUUCACAACUCCGCAUUUGUAUUACUGAUUUUUUAAGACAUAUAACAUCAUGUUUCUUAUAUAACAACGGUCAGCGUCCAAACAUAUACUCCAGGGCGAGCGGCAGUCUUCUACCGAGCCUCCCCAACGUUGACUAAUGGCAAUAUAGUCUAUCUGAACCCAUUGUUGUUUUGGUGCAGGGCGUCUCCAUGUUAGUCGAUGUCUCUCCUUAUGCUUAAAAUUAGUGUUUGCUAAAAAUAAACGAUUGUCUGAGCACAGUUGCUGCAGACGAUCACCAUUAUCUGUUCGCUGAGUCGAAAUACUAAAAUACCCACCUAAAUGUCUUUUUGUUUGGUUUAAGCUACCCACGUGCUACGAGUACUAUGUCUGAGCGUUUGGCUUUCUGAAGAAGUUCAGACAGCUUUCUGUAAAAUUCAUCUUUCACUUCAUCCAGACUGCAGUCAGUGGGAGCGUAUGCAGAAACGACGAAAAGGCAACGAUGUUUGCCCCUAUCCUUCCGAGUUCUUAUGGAGCCGUUUAGCCGAACAGCACAUAAACAACUGUUGACGGGGAUCUACUUUAACAGUGCUUGUUCCGCCCUCAUGCUUAGUGCUAUGUCCACAUCUGCCAGUUCACGAGAACUGGCCGUCGGGUCACCAGAUACACGGAGGGUGUAUCUCGUUGGCUCUCCGUUUUGCCGAGGUUAGGUCAAGUGAAUGACCACACUGGGAUCCUGUAUGCAUGUUUCGGAGACAGCAUACAUCAAUGAUACGAGAUUCUAGGUUUUUAGCCAGGAAAGCCUACUGACUGAUUUGACAUAGGGUGCGUACGUUGGAGGCUCCAAUGUGUAGUUUGGAGCGAGGUUUCAGUAGACCUGGGACAGUAUUUUGCGCACUAGAAUCGUUGGCUAUGGUGACACUUGAGUUGAUAGUUGAAGUAGCGGGAAUAAUAGACAUUGUGGGAGGAAAUUGUUUAAGAAUACAGUGAUCUUGAGUACUUUUUUGUGGUUAAUUUUUAUUUUAGCUUCGUACUUGUUGAGACCUUACCGCUGGAGACCGAAACUCAUGAGGUCGACCCUUUCUAACCCCACCACUUUGUGGGAAGGCAGCAUCGCUGUUAUGCUGGCUGGCUGAAGGAAACACCUUACUGACAGUCAGCAGUACGGCUUUGCCCUCAGACCUUGGGUUUGCUGCUUUUUGUCUGACCGUCAUUCGACCGACCUGUCAGGCAUGGUAGGACAUUGAGGAACGAAUGUUUUAGAUAGUAUAGCUCGAUUGCUUCAUUGCGAUAGACAAGCACGACUACCACGUCAAGGUAUCAGCAACGGUCGGCGACCAUAACACGUUAAAAACACUGGUUCUUGUCCGUUAAAUUCAGUGGUACUUAAGUAUUUAUUCACUGUAUGAAUCUAUCCAGCCAUCAAUGUUUGUCUUGAGAAAUCACAACGGACGUAUUAAAUGUUAGUUUGGUACAAAACCAAGUCUCAUGUUAGGUAUAAUUUCUCGUAUAGGCUUCACUGACACUGCCAAAUGAGCGUUUCCAGUAAGAAUAAACUCAGCUCAUUUUCAGUGGUUUCUAAGCAUUUGCAUGGUAGUAAUUUAAUGACCGUAAAUGAGUAAAUAGUGCCUCUCAGUAACUGUAUAUAUUUGUGUCCGACUAUAAAAAGCAUAUAUUGUAUGAAUGUUGUUACUGAUACUUAACUGCCUAAAACUUGACUGGAUAAGCAAAACGUAUACUAAUGACCCACAGGUUGUUAACUAGGUCCCUAAAUAAAACUUCACUAAUCGAGACUGUUCAGUUUAAGUAUGCUAGGUACUUUGAAACGAUCGUCUCAGUUCCUGUACAUAUUUAGUGACUACUCGGUCUUUUAGUAUAUUGUAAAUUUAAUACAGCAAUCAGGCUCAGAUUUUCUGUUCCCAGCUCUGUAUUUCAUGAUUUGGCGUGGUCCAUUGAUACUCUUAGGGUACCUAAACUAAAAUAGACAAAACAGCGUUAAAAUCUACUACCUGAUUCUGGAAGAUGGACUACAUUAUUAAUUAGGUUUUUGAUAGCCUUGAGAUUUGUUCGUCUGGGAAAUUCACUACUCUUCAUUUUGUUUUCGUAAUAUAUCGAGUCAGUUUUAUGGAGCCUGGGUAUCUGGCCCAUAACUAUAUAUUUUAUACCGUUACAAAAUCAAUGCUCCCAUUAUGUUAGACUUUAUUACUGUUUUACACCGUAUAAUUUUAAUCAAAUAUAAAGACUAAGAUUUUUGCUACAGUUUGCAUACUGUUUGUCUCCUGAUAGUUCUUUAUGAUUUUAAUUCCUACGUCAGUGAAAAAUCGUAACCGAAUGUUAUCCGGAUUGCAUACUAUUGAAAGUUUUGAUUCCCACACUUCAACAUCAUUGAUCUCAUAAUUUCAAUUAAGUCAGUCAUAAGCAGCAUACGACCUAGUACAUUGGUUGAAGUUCUCACACUAUGUUAGCACACCGAGGUAAAACUAUCAGAACACAUGCCAGAAUAAUUGAAUUAGUAAUAUUGACUCAGCUACACGUCUAAUCAGUUCAGAUGGCAGAUAUCAAGUGGCAGUGUUUAAUUUUAUUAUGCUAGAUUAUGAGAAACACUUAUUAUAUGGAUGCUAAUUAGAAUUACUGUGUUAACAGGAUAGGGUCCUGAUGAUUUCACUCUCAGUCUUGGGUCCCUAAAUGCCCUGGUACGGUUGAGGGUGGGGUGAGUUAGCACUCCCUCUCGACAUACUCCCAGAUAGUCACGUGUAUACAGCCACUGACAAGGAAGUCCUGCUCAUUGCUUUCUCGACAAGGGGGUGUUGUUUACGAAAUUGAGAGAACGAAAAGCAAAUGCCCGGCGCUCUAACCGGGUUAGUGGACACGGAGAAUCCAAUUAGUGGAAUUGGAAAACCCUGAUUUUAAACCAAUGGUGCACAUGGGCUCCAGUAUCCUGAAGGAACAAAUGGCGUAUAAACCAAUCAUUGGUCACCGGUUACCAUGUGACUGCAUCUCCUCAGGUUGCUCCACUACCUUUAAGUCAAUGGCUCCGAGUGUGGCCUCCUAAGAAAAUCACCUGGUUCGGUCUGGGCACCUGGACAGUAUCCCAGCCGACACACAAAUCAAGUGACUUGUGUGGAGUAUAUCUACUUGGUGCCUCCUUGCACCAAUAUUUAUUUAAGUAAAUAAUAAAUAAACAAACCAAUGACCCACUUAUUUACAUUCAUGUCCCUAAACUAAUCUUUUCUCAUUACUUGAGACUGUUUAAUUGAAAUGUGCUAGUUAUUUCAAGAUGGUUAUCCAUCUUAAUUAAUAUACAUGUUUGAUAAUUGUAAAUUGAAAAGAAACUCUUUGCUUAUCACUGUUUUUUUAAAAAAAUAAUAGAAUGAUUGUUAAUGGAUCUUUCAUUUCAACAUUUAAUGGAUAAUCAAAAUAUACUGAAUACUGAAUCAACCAUGACAAACAAGUUAAAUAUCUCACAUAUGUCAUCACUUCCAUCAAUACCUGAAGUAUCAUCACCACCAUCGUCGGGGAAACGUCGCUCUAUAUUGUAUGCUAUUUCUAGAUUGAAACAAAUGAAAAUGGCUCGACAAGAAAUGCAUCUUGAAUCCAAUGUUUCUUCUGAUAAUAUUGAUAUUACACCUCCCUUAGCAAAUACACAAUCAGGUAACACCAGUGAUAACAAUACAGUAGAAUUGGAUCACACUAACAAUUCAACUCAAUUAAUAACAGUCAUUAAUAAUGACUUAUCAAAACAAUCAAUUCAUAUUGAUUUCAAUUCUGAUAUUUGUUCUUAUACUUCUUUAUCAUCACAAUUACAACACUUAUCAUCACAAUCAAAUCCUUUACAAUCAUAUAAUUCAUUAUCUGAUGAUAAUACUACUAAUAUUACUGAUAGUAGUACUAUUCAUCGGAUAAUGUCACCAAAAGAAUCUUCUUCACUUUUAAAUAUUACGUCAUGUACUACUACUACUACUACUACUACUACUACUACUACUACUAAUAAUAAUAAUAAUAAUAAUAAUAAUAAUAUAAUACAUCAUGACGGUAAUAUUGAUUCUAUUCGAGUUCGGAAUAAUUCAUCAAAAAUAUUUACACAAUGUCUAUCAGAUAGUGAAUCUGAUGAAUAUAUAGACUUAGAUACUGUUGAUGAUAUAACAUGGUCUACAAAGGAUAAUAAUAAAAAUAAGAAUAAUAAUAUAAAGAAUAAGAAAAAGAAGAAGGAAUCAAUAAUUAUGAAUGAUCAUCCUUCUGAAUUAACAAUAAUAAUAAAUAAUAAUAAUAAUCCUACCAUAAAACAGAUCCCUCAAUUAUCGAAUAAUGAAAGUAUACGGAAUGAUUAUAUACAAUUAAAUGAAUCUAUCUCUUCGCAUGAAACUAGUCCAUUACAUAACAAUAAUAAUAAUAAUAAUAAUAAUAAUAAUAAUAAUAAUAAUAAUAAUAGUAGAAUUAUGGAAUCAGAUGAUUAUUGUUGGAUAUGUCAUAAACCGGGUGAAGUUGUUAUAUGUAGUUAUUGUCCAAGAGUGUUUCAUGCAACUUGUUUAUGUGCAACAGAUUUUCCAGAUAUAUGGCUUUGUCCUGAAUGUCAAGAUGUUAUGUUAGCUGAAUGUUCAUUGUAUCAAUUAGAAUCAUGGUGUAAUAUUACCGAAGAUCAAUUAAAACGAAUGUUAUUCUUUCUUUUGGAUCGAUUAUCUAGACAAUCUUGGGCACGAUAUUUUCGUGAACCAGUAGAUUCAACAAUUGUUAAAAACUAUAAAGAAUUAAUAAAGUAUCCAAUUGAUUUACGUACUUUAUAUACUGUAAGUUUUGUUUUAUCUCUUUCUCCCUCUAAAUAUCUAUGAAUAUCUAUUAUAUUAUUGAUAAUUCAUCGUAUGUUUGCUUAAUGUUGUACAUGUGUAGCAAUGCUCCUUCACGAGGAGUAACAGGCGUAAGUAAGCAAGUAAUGUGUAGCAAUAACUUGGUGAUUCAGUCACAGUUACUUUAUAAACUAUUGAUCAAAGAUCUUAAAUUAGAUCUACCUAGUUUGAUUUAAGAAUCCUGGUAAUGCUGCAUUGUAUUUAUAUAACUGAAAUAUCGCUCGAUUUUGAAUGCAGCUUAUAAACUAUAUUGUAUUUUAUUACUUAAUUACUCCUGUUACCCUUCAUGGAAGAACGUAGGCUGUCCAACAGCAUUCUCUGUCUUACUCUGUCCUCGACAAUUCUUUACAGUUUUCACCAGUUACUAUUCAUUCUUUUGAUGUCUGCUUUCGAUUUCCAACGUGGUGUGUUCUUUGAGCUUCCUCUUUUUCGUUACUUGUCAGGAUUCCAAGUUAGCGCUUGCUUCGUGAUGCAGUUUGAUGAUUUCCUCAAUGUUAUGUCCUAUCUGAUUCUAAUGUCUUAAUUUUUUCUUCAGUUAGAUGUUGGUUUUUUCUUUCUCAUCGUAGGCUAUUGUUGAUGUUAUUCGGGCUACGGAUAUUGAAUAUCUUGUGUAGACAAGUGUUUGUAAACGAUUGAACCUUUUUGAUGAUGGUUGUAGUAGUUCUAGAAAAUUCAGCUCUGUACAGUAGAACUGUGUUGACGUUCAUAUUGAAGAUUGUGGCUUUGAUGUUGGCUUGCAGAUAGAUGUUUUGAAUUCCAUAUAUUCUUCAACUGUAGGGAUGAGGCUCUUGCUUUGCCAAUAAUCGCAUUUACAUCUACAGAGUCCAAAUCGUCUGGCUUCAUCCAAGCUCCCCAUUGUUUUCCUUGCUUUCCCUGAGAUGUGGAGGUCGAUCGUCGAUGGAGUGAUAUCUAUAAGGAGAUCUGUGUGUGUUGCUUCGAUGUCCGGUGGAGUUAAUGAAGGUUGUCUAUUCAAGAGUUCUUCAAAGUUUUCUACCCAUCUGUUCUUGAAUCUCAGUGAUUAGCUCAUCUUAUUUGUCCUUAAUCCGUCUCUCUGGUUUACUAUAAUUCCUUGUCAUUUUCUUCGUUGUAUCAUAUAGUUGUUUGAUAUUUCCUUUUGUUGCAGCUUUUUCGGCUGUCUGUGUUUGUCGUUUUUCCGCUUGCCAGCUCUAAUGCACCUCUUCACUUGUUUGUUUGCUUCAGUGUAUUCAGUUUAUGCCUUGUCUUUCUCUGUUUCUGUUCUAGUGUUGUUGAUUGCUGUCUUUUUGUUGUUCCUUUGUUGAAUGUUGUGCAGUGUUUCGAUAGAGAUCCAUUCUUAAUAAUAAUAAUGAUGAUGAUGAUGAUGAUGCUUGUUGAGGUCCAGCACCUCCUGUCAUGUUGAAGUUGGCGCUUCUUCAAUUGCUUUCCAAUUGUCGUCCGUUGUAGUUUGUUCUUUUUUGAAUAGAUUUUGUAGGGUUUGUAACGUGUUGUUGAGAGCUAUGUUGAAUUGGUUGAGUUUGUGAGUAUAUCAAAGGAAUACUGUAUUGAACCUUUGUAAUGCUGUUUGUGGAGUUGUCCAGUGUUUCUUUAGCUUCAUUUUGAUGUUAGCAACCACGAGGUGGUGAUCUGAAGCUAUUCGAGCUCUUCUCCUGGUUGUCACGUGUUCCAUUGAUGUUGUGUCAUCUUUAGUGAUGCAAAAGUGGUCGAUCUGGUUAUGUGUAGUGUUAUACGGUCAGACUCACGUAUCUUUGUGUACGCAUUUGUGUGUGAAUGUUGUGCCUCCUAUAACCACUUUGUUGAACGGAUAUAGAUUUGCAAAUGUGUCACCAUUCUCAUUUGUUUCUCGCGGUCAUUCCAUGUCGUCUCAUGAUAUCUUCAUGUCAGGUGUUGUCCAUUUUUACUUUGGCGUUUAUGUCUCCCAUCAGGAUGGUCAGGUCGUUUCCUGAACAGUUCUCUGUGAUCGAUUGCAGUCUGUCAUAAAACUGAUUUUUAUCAUUGUCGUUGCUAUCAAUUUUAUGUACAUAUCUUUGAAUAACACUGAUUGUGAUUCCAUCGUUCAAUGUUUUGAAAGAUGCUUUGAUGAUCGUGGGUUAAUGAGAUUCUCAUCAUAUAAGUGCUUUCCGUGUUUGUUUGGACAGCAUUAGAAUAACUCCUUGAGUGUGUGGAGCAUUUUUUCUUUCGUGAUCAAAGCAGAGCAGCAUCUCUCCUGUAUCUAUGGUUUUCUGGGUUUGCUGACCCCAUACCCACCCUCCCUAUUUUACCCGGUCUUUGGACCAGCAAUAACCAAGGUGUCCUGCUUGAAUAUCUGGGCUUUCUUAUUUGUCACGUCAUACAAUAAAAAACUCCUUUUUUGUUUGAUCAACUAAAAAAAAACACAGACUACUAUAUAAUUGUUUAGUAAUAAGCAUUAAAUCGUAAACUUUUCCUAUAAUUCACAUUGGUUGGUUAACUUCAUAAUCUUAUUUCACUUGUUUUUUGUGAUCUAUCUCCAAUUUAAUUUCAUGUAAUUGCUCUUAAUGGCUAUUGAUACUUGGGUGUAUGUUUAAUUUGACGUUAGAAUAUCCCUUAUCUGCGUCUCUCUUUACUCAAUAUCUUGGUCUUUCGAUCAUAUCACGUGUCAGAACGAUGAUUGAAAAAUGAGUAAAACUGGGAACUACUCUGUGGACUAAUAUUAUUGUUAUGUAUGUAUAUAUGUUCUUAUUGUAUAAUUGCUAGGACUGAUCAAUUACAGUCAAUCUAUAUUGAUGAUUUUAUAAGGCUAAUUGUUUCUGUUUUAUUGUCAACCAAUUGUUCAGAGCUUACCCUAUUCACAGCCAGUUUUGGCUUGUUUGCUUCCUGUUGUGAUUUUCUAUAUUUUUGGUGUGCUUACAGUUCAGUGUGUUUGUUUACAAGCCAACGUGUGCUUAAAAUAAAUGUGCUAGAAGCUGACUGUUGACUUUUUGUCGUAUCCAAUGCAGAUAGCGAACCAACAGGAGUAUAGCUUGCAUCAGCUUAACGUUAAUUAUUCAGGUCGGAGUGUAUGAUUAUUCGUGUUUAUGACAACGCUAUACUAUAAACGAAAUAGUAGACGAGGGAUACAAAAAUUUAUAAAUAAAACUCUUGUUGAUAGAUCAAACACAUAUCGAUUAGCAUCAUAACAGGAGAAGUGUAGUCUUUCAAUAUCUACCCAGAUGUGUGUAUCAGUAACACUAUAACACUAUAGCCAAUAUUUUUCAUCCAAAGUAGCGUCAAAUAGAAAAUGACAUUUAAAGCUGUACGAAUUGUUUAUCUAUUCAUUUUGAUGCUUAGUUUAAUUCUCUAUGAAGUCAUCAAAAGUCCUGGUAUUAUUUUAUUUAAUCGUUAUAUUAAAAAUAGAAUGAUCUUAUAUAAUUCACUCCUUUAUAUAGUUCACUAUCUUUAAAUGAUAAAAAGGUGUAGGUGUAAUCUAUUGAGAUUGAAAAACAUUUAUGUUUGUAAAUUGCAAUCUCAUUUAACACUUAGUUUUAGGCGAAUAAAAUGACAUUACCACCGUUGGAUGCCGGCCAGCUAAGUGAUCUAGAGGUUAGGCGUUCACACGCGAGGCCGAAGGCCCUAGCUUCGAGUCCCUUCGACGGGAUCGUGGAUACGCACUUCCGAGGAGUCUCACACUAGGACGAAACGGCCGUUUAAUGCUUCCAGGUUUUCAAUGGUAGUCUAACAUGAAUCGGUUCAUGAUCUCAAUCAAAAACAUAGUAAUCUUCACAACUCCAUACUUGAGAACAAAAGGAUUGUGCAAUUUUAUGUUUGAUGAAUUGUUCAUUUGUUGAUACAAUUAAAAACAAUGAGACAUAGCUGUCAAUGAUUGUCUUUAAUCAAAUGUAUAUUUUGACCAAUAGUUAUACCAUGUAUGAAAUAAUGUUUUUGUAUUUUGAAAGAAAAUGGGCUAAUUAGGGCUGUAGAUAUUCAUUGACUAAUUUAUUUGAUCAAUAAUCCUGACUGUUGGCUAAGUGUGAUUAAGAAAAAUAAUGUGAAACAGUGAUAAAUCUGUAUGCAAAGAUGGAUAAUGGCUAGCAGUGAAAUCCAGGACAAAGUGCUUUUCGUCUUAUUUGGGACUCGUCAGCUGGGUGUACCUGAAUCUCAGAGUUGAUGUUCAUUCUAGGACUUGAACUCAGUAACAAUGGGAAGAUUCAAGUAAAACAACACCAAGUGAAUUUAGUGAUAGAUCUACUUUGUUAUUUUAUAGAGUUUAUAGAUUACUCAACUCAAUGGUGUGUAUUAACUGUUACAGACCUUCUGCCUCCAAUUAAAUCUAUCUAACAAUCAUAAUCUAUAGAGUUGAAGAUAUCAAGUUAUACAUUUAGAAUGUUGUUGAAAUGUAUCUAUUCUUAAUCUUUUUCUACUAAAUUUUAUUUAUCAAUAUCAUAUUUCCUACUUUUCAUACAGCUUCUUUAAUUCUUCAUAAGUUGCUUUUGAAUUGUAUAUUCUUUCUAUGUUUUACUUGUUUACUUCCAUUGGUAUUACUAUUUUGACUUAAUUAAUUUGAUAUCAGAAGGGGUUUUGUGGAUAUAAUAGUAAUUCUAAUAGUUGAGAUUAUGAAUCAAUUGAAGCUAGAACACCAUGGGAAGUCUGGAAGCAUUAGACGGGCAUUUUGUCUUAUUGUAGGACUUCUCAGCAGUGUGCAUCCAGGAUGCCGCCCCACGAGAUUUGAACUCACAACCUAUCAGUCUCGCGCGCGAACGCCUAACCUCUAGACCACUGAGCUAUCCAGCAUCCAAUGGUGUUAAUGUCCAACUUCAGCUAAUCCACGAAGUUGCACCACCGUCCACCAUUGUCUUCAGUGAGUUACUAUCUCACAUCAGACCAGGUUGACACUCCACUGAAAACUGCUUCUCACUAAAACUCUUAUAACUCGUGGGUUUGUGAGCCUACCAAUGUAUAACGUAAUGAUACCGCCAAUUAGAGAACAGUGAUUUAUCGACCGGAUCAAUGACGCAUAAAACAAGUACGAGCAGUUUAGAAUCUUUAUCGAUCCUGCUUCCUACCUAGCCUUACCUGUUAAAUCCAGAACACCAAUUCCAGCCUUCGCUAUAUGAAUCAUAUAUUUGAAACAUACUGGGUUUAUAUACAAACCAAACAGACCACAUUUUGUAAUAAAAUUGAAAAUAACAUUUGUACAAGAUCUAACCAAAAAGUGGCUGUGUAUGUGUGAGACUAAUGAAUAGACUGGGCAGAACUCAAGAAUGUUAAAUCGUAUAAUAACAGUCUAAAAUUCAAAAUAAAGCUUAUGAUAUGAGGAGCACGAAUAUGAAUAGUUUAGUUACUUAACAACUAUAAAAUACAAAAUAUAUGUAUAGUUUUGAUUAAGAUCAUGAACCGAUUGAUGUUAGACCACCAUUGAAAACCUGGAAGCACUGGACAGCCGUUUCGUCCUAUUGUGGAACUACUCAGCAGUGCGCAUCCACGAUCUUGCCCGCGGGAUUCGAGCCCAGGGCCUUCAGUCUUGCGCGCGAACGCUUCACCUACUGAGCCGGCAUCCAAUGAUGUUAAUGUCUAAGCUCAACCAAUCCACGAAAUUGCGCGACCAUCUUCCACUGUACUGAGGUAGACACCUAUUUCUACCCGACACGGAUUAGCUCCACUGGUCACAGCUUCUCACCAGAACUCCGAGAAUUUUCUCACGAAGCUAGUCACUAGUGAGCACAUGGUAUUUAUCAGUAUAGUGGUUGUGGAGAUUGUAUAUUAGUCCAGAAACAAAUCUCAACAGUUACUAUACAUUAUUCUCAUUGGGAUAUACCUAUUUGAUACAUCACAGAUAUUUUGUUGAUAAGAUGAUUAUUCAUUAGUGGUGACUUAGUCUCAAUUAAUCAUUAAGUAAAGAUUUCACUACAAAGAAUAGUAAUGUAUUCAAUACAGAUUAUUACAUUAUCAUUUUUUAGAGCAUUUAUGGUUAAUAUUCUGAUACUACUUAUUAGUAGAAUGAACUAUCUAAAUAAGUAUGAAGUUUUGCAUAUAAAUUGAUUAAAAUAUUAACUAUGUAAUCGUUUUAUAGAAGGGUAUAUGAAACAAAUGCCGUUAGAAAUAUAAGUUUGUUGAUUGUUUUUUACUUUGUAUGAUGAGAAAUCUCAAUAAAACUGUAUGUAUUACUGUUCAUUAGAAUCAGAGAAAUGACAAUGUUCCAUGAUUUGAUGAUAAUUUCAAUAUAAGAACUUUUGUUGAAACUUAUAAUUUAUGAAUGACCUUUAAGAGACGCUAAAGUGACUUUGAGAGUGUUCACCUAAUCCUUACGCCUGUUACUCCUUGUGGAGGAGCAUAGGCAGCUCAUCAGCAUUCUCCAUCCAACCCUAUUGUUGUGUCCCGACAAGAAUAGUGAAUCGUAACUUUUGGGAUCUGUUGAUGGAUCAAUACUAAACGUGUAUUUCUAUUGUAUAAUUAUUAAGUAACUAAACUAUGCAUGCUUAUAUAACUCUUAUUAUAAGCUUUAUUUUGACCUCCCUCAUUCACACCCACAUCUGGCUAAUUCAUGUACAAAUGUUGUUUCAUAUUUUAUUGGUAUGUUGUGGUCCGUUUGAUUGGUAUAUAAACUCAGUAUGUUUGAAAUAUAAUGAUUCAUAUCGCAGAGGCUUGGGUUGGUGUCUGGACUUGACUGGCUGGGCUAGGCAGGAAGCAGGACCAAUCAGGACUCUAGGCUGCUCGCACGUGUUUUACGCGUCAUUGAUCCGAUUGAUAAGUCACUGCUCUCUAAUCGGCGGCCACAAUUUAUGACACUUAUCUUGGACAAUUUUUCCAGCUCUUUCCAUUUGUUAUUCAUCCUUUUCAUAUCUGCUUCUAGUUCCCGACGUAAUGUGUUCACCUAAUAACUAGGAUCAAAUGAGGGUUAUAAACCACCAGUAUAAGGAAUUAGUGUUAGGAAUUACAUUUAGGGUUUUCAUCACAAACUGACAAAAGUUAUAGUGCUUAAACUCUAUUUAGCCAAAAUGAUGAAUGAAUUUCCCCCUAAAAUCCAAGACUUGUUAUCCUUAAUCUGAUUGGUUCGUCUACAAAUUAUAGUUUCGCCGGACUUUUUAUUCCAGUAGAUCAAGAAAUAAAGGUUCACCUUAUUUUGUUCAGAUUUCAUACAAUCUGAUGAGAAUUAUCUUCUUAAUCGUAAAUGUCUUAUUUGAAUUUAAGUACAGCUUACAUCACGAACGGAAUUCACAUAAACAUCCAUUUUAUGGAGCGGUGGCCCCGUAGUUAAGACGUCUGACUUUAAACCUCUAAAUCCUGUGUUCAAACUACGCUGCACUUACUUCUGCUUGAAUAAAGGGAUUGUAUCUCUAGUCCUCACACUUGAAAUGUGGCCCAAAAUAAACUGUACCUGGUUGCACCUAGUGAAGAAGUUUGUAAGAAAGAAGGAAAACUAUUGAAACUAGGGUAUAUUAAAGUUUUUUAACUGAACAGGAAAAUCAACAUUGCUUGAUGAAAGGAUGGAGGUAAAGAAGCAACAAAUUUCAAGUUUGGUUAGUGUCUAGUUUUCCUGAAAGUGGGAUUGAGUUGUACUACUGGAAUUAAACCUGGGCAGUGUCUGGCUCUCCUUGUAAACGCGAUUGGACCGUACUGUUUGGGUUGUUACAUGAAGGUCUGGAUGGUGUCUGGUUCUCCUGAAAACCAAUAUAAAAUUACCCUGGCACAUAAAAGUAUAUUAUAUAACUGUAAAAUCUCACGUUUGCUCCAUUGCUAAUAUCUCUUUUUUAGUUGCCAACUUGCGUCAUUUAUGGCGUAGGCGAAAUAUCCGUCUAUCAACCAAAGGACGUGUUUACUGCGCAGCAGUUCGUUCCUUCCUACUUUAUGGCAGUGAAACAUGGCCGGUAAGAGUAGAGGAUAUCUGUAGGCUACUAGUAUUUGAUCAUAGGUGUCUUCGAAACAUUGCUCGUAUAUCAUGGGACCAUCGAGUAAGUAACGCAGUUGUUAAGAAACGGGUACUAGGUAAGGAUGGCAAAUCAAUUGAUGAAGUAGUGAAACUUCAUCAGUUGAGAUGGCUGGGACACGUGUUACGUAUGCCCAACGACCGACUGCCUCGACGUGCGAUGUUCAGUGGUAUAGGAGUAGGUUGGAAGAAAGCUAGGGGCGGCCAAACCAAAACAUGGCACAAGUCCAUGAAGUCACUGACAAGUGAACUGAGUCAUGUUGGUAGGUGUAGACUACGUGGUUGGGGACCGCGAUAUGAUAGCAACCGAUGGUUAGAGACCCUGAUUGACAUGGCUCAAAAUCGUUUGCAAUGGCGCAGGUGCAUCCACUCUCUGUGUUCUCCCAAAUUCUAAUCUUCUGAAUUCUUCAUGUCCAUUUUUUUCCUCUUUCCAAAUUUAUUUCACUGGAUUAUACUCUUUAAAUUACAUCUCCAAACCCUAAUCUUCCCGAUUACUGCUUAUACUCUUAUUACGUCUACCACUACGGGAUUUGAAUCGACAACUGUAUCUCUGUGCUAAUGUGGUGUGGCAACUCGAACUGAUGUACGUACGUACGAAGUUCUACGUUGUUACUGACUGACUGACUGACUUUUUUAGUUGAAUGAAUUUGAUUAGGUCCUUUAUUAAGGAACAACUCGAUUGACCAUUUCUCACUCAUAAAUCCUAACGUAGAAGACUCCUCAAUAAUGUAUACUCUCACCUCUUCUCUAGAACGCUAAAAUUUAUGGAGAGUUCACUACCUUUAGACAUUUAAAGUUAAAUUAAAUUAUAUAGAAGCGUGUUUUCCUAAAUCUAUGAUGAAGAGUCUUCUCCCAACAAAUUUGGUAACAAAUUAUUAUUACCUUAGCCAUGUUAUCUUGUACAUCCAUUGAAACAGCUAGGAUGUUUGUAUGUGUUGUAUUCCUGACAGAUUAAGUAUUUGUUAAACAUAUUCAGGUGAUCAAAAAUGUAAACAUCAUAGGAUGUAGUGAUACACAACAUAAAUUUCUAUCUAUGUGUUUUCACACCUCACUGGAAUGAGAUUCAGAAUACAUAAAGCCCAAUAAGUCCUCAAACAUUUUAUUAGUGGAUGGUAACAUGUUCAUAAGAGAGAAAGUUAUUAACAACAAGCAAACUUAGGGAUUUACGGAAUAUCAUCCAGUGAAGUGUAGGUCGUGCUGUCAUAUGAUUUGUAAAUUUAUUAUAAAACAACCUAACACAAUCAUAUUUGAGAUAAAACUAAGGUAGAUGCAAAUUACUUAUGUACUUAGAGUAGUAACAAUAACACUUUGUUACCAAAUUCGGAAAAUUAUACUAUUUGUUAGAACCAGACUCUUCAUCAUUUCGAAUCUCGCGGGGCGGGAUCGUGGAUGCGCACUGCUGAGGAGUCCCACAAUCGGACGAAACGGCCGUCCAGUGCCUCCAAGUUUCCCAUGAUGGUCUAGCUUCAAUUGACCUCAACCAAUCGAAAUUAUUAUAAUAUCCACAAAAACCCUUCUUCAUCAUAUGUUUAGGAGAACACGUUUUUUGAUUGAUCGUAAGGCAAAGUGGACAGAAUGUAUAUCGGACAUAUUUCAAACUAUUAAAAAUGUUGUUCCCCGUUUCACUGAUCACCUUUAUCAACAUGUGCCCAUUUCAUAAUCGCCUUUAUUAUAAUGUACUCCUGUUUUAUUUGUCCCCUUUGCUGGCACUAUUAUUAUUAUGAACUGUCUAAAUAUUAUGCUCUGUUUCUUUUUCAUUAUUUUGAAAUGUACACUUAUGAAGUUUUUUUCAGUAAUAAGGUGUAUUUAUGUUUAUCACUUACUUACUUUCGCCCGUUACCCUUCGUGGAGGAACAUAGGUCGCUCAACAACAUUCUCCAUCGAACUUUGUCCUGAACAAUCGUUUCCAGUUCUUGUCAGUUGUUAUUCAUUCUUUUGAUGUCUGAUUUUAAUUCCCAACGUAGUGUUUUCUUUGACCUUUGGUGAUUUCAGCAAUGUAUGUCCUAUCCACUUCCAGUGUCUUCUCUUAAUUUCCUCUUUAGUUGGAUGUUGGUUUUUUCUUUCUCAUAGUAGGCUAUUGCUGAUGGUAUCCAACUAGUUGACAUUAAGUAUCUUGUGUAGACAAGUGUUUGUAAAUGCUUGAACCUUUUUGAUGAUGGUUGUAGUAGUUCUCGAAGUUUCAGCUCUGUACAGUAGAACUAUGUUGAAGUUGGUAUUAAAGAUUGUGACUUUGAUAUUAGUUGACAGACAGUUGUUUUGAGUUCCAUAUGUUCUUCAAGUGUAUGAAUGUUGUCCUUGUUUUUGCAAUCCUUACCUUUACAUCUACAUAUUGUCCUCUUUGUUUAUGGAUGAUGCUGACCAGGUACAUGAAAGUGUCAUCCUCUUUCAAAACGUUUUCAUCAAGUGUGAUUGAGUUUAUGUUGUCCAUGUUUUUCUUCAGAAUUUCGCUAUUUCCUUUGUGUAUGUUUAGACCCACUGAUGCAGGGGCUUCUAAUGCACUGGUUGUUUUAACCUGCAUUUGUUGGUGUUUAUGGGAUAGAGGGGUCAGGUCAUCUGCAGAGUCCAAAUCGUCUAGUUGCAUACAAACUCUCUAUUGUAUUCCGUGUAUUCCCUGAGAUGUGGUCAUAAUAAUCCAGUCGACCACCACCAGAAGAAAGAGAAAGAAGGAGAUUAAGCAGCAUAGUGUGACUCUUAGUCGUCCUCCAUACAUGACUUUGUAUUGUAGUUCGUCGUACGAAUUGCGGUUGAUUUUGACGAUUUUUUUAAGGUACAUUAUAGUGUCAAAGAAGAUUCCAUUAGGUUCUCCUAUCGACUCUGUAAAACGCCUUCUCAUAGUCAUCAAGGAAGUUGAUGUAGUGUGAUGAGUUGCAUUUAAUUAAUUGCUGAACGAUGAUCCGUAGUUUGGCGAUUGUGUCUGUGCACGAUCAAUGCUUACGGAAUCUAUCGUGUUGAUCUAAAAGUUGGGCGUCUACUGAGUGUUUCAUCCAGUCUAGUAACAGUGUUGAAAACAUUUUCUGGUACCGAUAGUAGUUUGAUUUCUCCACAGUCCUCAUAUUUGCUCAGAUGAGGUGUCCUUCUUUCCAGUCUUUCGGCAUUUGUUUUUACUCCCAAAUCUUCCCGAUCAGAAUAUGGAUCAUGUUUGCAGUUACUUCUGUCUGACCUCAGACCAUCAGCUGGUAUGUUGUCAGAUGCUGCUACUUUCCCACUUUUGUUUUGUUUGAUGACCACUUUGAUUUCUUCGAUCGUUGGUGGAGUGACAGCUGUAGGGAGGUCUGUAUGUACUGCUUCGAUAUCCGGUGGAGUUAAUGGAGCUUGCCUAUUGAAGAGUUCACCAAAGUUUUCUACCCAUCUGUUCUUGAAUCUCAGUGAUUAGCUCACCUUGUUUGUCCUUGGUCUGUCUCUCUGGUUUACUAUAAUUCUUUGUCAUUUUCUUCGUUGUAUCAUAUAGUUGUUUGAUAUUUCCUUCUGUUUCGACUUUCUUGGUUGUCGUAGCUAGGUGUUUGACCCAUAUCCACCCUCCCUGUUUUACCUGGUCUCUAGUUCAUCAGUAACAUUAAGAGGGUUAUAGGCGGCGUGUGUAGUAAUUUAUCUCUUCAUUCGUCUCCAUUUUUUUCAAUCAUUUAAAAUUCAAGUUUACAUCCUAAUACCUCUAAUUAAAAUUUUGCAAUUUUACUUAACUAUAUUACUUAGAAGUAGUUGUUUUUUUUUGUGCAAAAUCUUUACUACUUAACGUUUUAUUAACUAGUCAUAUGCUUGUUUGCUUUUUUUUAUUGACUGAACUUUUAUACAAGUAAUUCAUAACCUUAGUGUAAAUGUAUCUGCAUUUGAUAACCUACUUGAUUUAGUCAAUCAAUAUCUUACUUAGAUUUGUACUUGUGUUUUUCUGAAUAAACAUUGUGGUGUUUGCUACUUAUAUUGACAUAAGUAUUAUGUGAUUUUAGUCGUGAACCGAAGGUCUUGCAGCAGAGAGACAAGAGGAUCGAACAGUAAAGAAUGGAAACAGGAUGCAAUUUGUAUGAAAAUACAAGAACAAUGAUGUCUGAGUUAUUUUGAGACAAUUGAUAGAUGUUUUGCAAAUUAACCACUUACUUUAUGAUUGUUAGAUUUUAUUAACAAGUCCUAUAAUGUUGUGUUAAAUACAUUCGAUUGUUCCCUCCGGUGUUCUUGUUCACUACAACAUCACUAGUGAUUUGAUAACUCUGUGAAUUUUCUAUUAAUCAAUAUAGAACUGUAUUACGUAACACCAACUAUCAACUACUUUGAUGGUCAAUGUUUCUUUCUAAACUAGAUUUAUUAUGUUGUCUUUUUCAGUCAUAAAUACUUCUAUCACUUCAGCGUUUUGGUUAUGAAUCUUGUUAAUUUCAUGUAAAUGCACUAAUAUUGUAUGGGAGUACGAGUCAAUGGUCAUUUCUGUUAAAUCUUACGUUGAUUAUGACUGACUGGUUUAUUCCCUAUAUUUCCGUCAUUAUAGUGUCUUGAACUAUCACAGUUUAUUGAUGAAUGAGAAGUUUUUUCUGUGAGACUAUAAUUUAUGGACAACCUUUGAGCGACACUAUACUGGCCUUGAGAGUGUCUACCUACUUACUAGGGCUAAAUGAGGAUUAUAAACCAUUUUGAAGAAUAAGGAUUAUGAUUUACAGUUGAUAGUUAGUUAAGGUUAGGAAUUAGAUCUAGGGUUUUCAUCACGAGCUGACAUCAGCUGUAAUACCAAGACUCUAUUUAACCAAAUGAGUGAAUGAGUUUCGCGCCGAAAUCUUAGACCUGUUAUCGUAAAUCUGAUUGGUUCGUCCAUAAUAUAUAAUCUCGCCGUUUUUUUUACUUCCACAUAAUAAAAGUUCGUAUUUAUGUUUCUUUUGUAUAUAUGCGUAUUUCUUUUUUACUUCUUGAUGGAUCAGCGUGUUAAAUCAGGUCAUUACGCUUCACCUCAAGCUUUUCUUGGAGAUUUCCGAUGGAUACUUCAUAAUUGUAUCAUAUUUAAUGGUGCUAGUUCUUCUAUUACAUCAUCUGCACGUCUUCUAGAUCGUACAUUUCAUCGUGAGUUUAAUUUAAUGCGUGCUUGUCCAACAUGUUAUCUUAAUCGUAUACCAGCAAUUCAUUUAUUACCAUCGACAACUAGAAAACUACCUCCAUUAACCGAAAAUGAACCUGAAUCUUAUUUAACUGUAGCUUCAGUACAAUCAUCAUUGUUAUUACCAAAUGAAUCAAAUGAGAUCAUUGAAAAUGAUAGUAUCAACAUUGUCAAUGGUGUUAACGAUGAAUGCAACCAUAAUACUCCUACUAAUACUACUAGUAAUAAUAAUGAAUCUAAAAGUUCGUCAUCAUCAUCGGUAUCUACAUUAGAUCCUUGGUGGUUUUGUAAAUUAUGUUGUAACUUCUCAAUCUUCCAAGACAACUUCAUCAUCAUUACCUUCAACAUUAACAACAGUAACAACAACAAUGGAUCCUAUGGUUAAAGAGAAUUUUCAUAAAGCUGUUGCAGAAUUAAAUUAUCAUCUAAAUUUAAUUUAUCAACGUUAUCCUAAAUUUAAACUACCUAUUAGUCAAUUGAGAUUUACUAAACGUCAUGUUAAAAAAUACUAUGGGUAAGUAAUUAUAAAAGUGCAAUUUUAUUAUUGAAUGUCUAUAAAUUUUCAGUGUUAUAAUCGAUCAGUCAUGACUUGGAAAAGCCCAGAUUGACUUGAGUUUACUAUUAUUUAUUUAUUUUAACACAUAGAUUGGUACAAGGGGGCACAAAAUACAUAAGCGCCACAAAAAUCUCAUUCGAUUUGUGUGAGGGUUGUGAUACUGCCAGGGUGCCCAAACCGAAACAGGUGGUCUUCUUAGGGGGCCACUCCCUAAGCUUCCGACCUGAAGGUCUGAUCCACAAGGCAGUAGAGCAUCGUAAGGAGAUGCAGUCCCAUGGAAGCUGGUGACCAACAAUUGGUUCAUACGCCAUUUGUUCCUUCAGGAUCCUGGAGCUCAUGUUCACCAUUAGUUUGGAAUGAGGGUUUUCCAACUCCCCUAAAUGGACUCGCCAUGUUCACGAACCCGUUUAAGGCGCUGGACAACCGCUGUUCAUUCUCUCAAUUUCGUAAACAACACCCCUGGUAGGAGAAUGCAGUGAGUAGGACUUCUCUGGCUGAGGCUAUAUACGCGUGGCCAUGUGAGAGCAUUUGGAGAGGGAGAGCGGACUCUCCUUACUCUCGGCCGUAUCAGGGUAUUUGGGGGCUAACAAAUCAGAUACGACUAUAUAUUGGAAACUAGAGAAAGGACUCGAAUCUAAAUUAUCUAAGAUCAGAAUUCACAAUGUUUGUGAUCCAUGUGAUCUAUCUCUAUCUAAAUGAUGUAUUUAUCAUCAUCAUCAUCAUCAUUCAUCUUUAUAUGAUCUGUACAAUAAACUGAUCAAUCAAAUAUCAUAUAUCUUUUUGCGAAAAUUAGUUACUCUAUCGAAAUUCUCAUUUAAUCUGUAGUAGGUAUCAAUAUACACAAAAGAAAAAGCAUAAUCCUCAUAUCCAUCAUGGAGAAAAACCAAUUCAAUCACAUUUGAUGGAAAAGUUUUGAAAGAGGUGGACACUUUCAUGUACCUGGUCAGCAUCAUCUAUGAACAAGGAGGAUCCGAUGUAGAUGUAAAGGCAAGGAUUGGAAAAACUUCGAGAACUACCACAACCAUUAUAAAAAAAAAUCACAUGUAUCUAUGAUCAAUUAUUUAGACAAGAUACUCAAUGUCAAUUAGCCGGAUACUAUCAGCAAUAGCCUAUUAUGAGAGAGAAAAAACCAACAUCCAACUGAAGAUAAAAUUAAGAGAAGACACUUGAACUAGAUAGGACAUACAUUGACGAAAUCAUCAAACUGCAUCACGAUCCAAGCGCUAACUUGGAAUCGUGAAGGGGAACGGAAAAGAGGAAGGUAAAAAGACAAACUACAUUGGGAAUUGAAAUCAGAAUUCAAAAGGUUGAAUAAUAACUGGAAACGGUUGUUCAGGACAAAGUUCGAUGGAGAAUGCUAUUGGGGUGGCCAAUGCUCUACUCAUUGGUUCUCCCGGCGGGGGUGUUGUUUACAAAAUUUAUCGGAUGAAAAGCCAGUGUUCGGCACUGUAGCCGAAUUAAUCGGUCCAAAGUACAAGGAUAAUGUACUAGAUAUAAAGGAUUGUUAUCUGCCAUAUUUCUGUUAUACCAAUGUUAAUAUAGGUUGUUUUCUUACGAUAAUUUACUGAUUCAUCAAUUGUCUGUUAGUCAAGUUAUCAUUUAUUCAGAUUUAAUCUGUUAAGCAAUGUGAUUUAGAUUGAUAUGACUAUAAGUUUACCUGAAGUAUUUUCCAUACAAUUUAAUUCGUUUAUACUUUCUCACUUAAUGUUGUCCAAAAUAAUCACUCAGUUUGUGUUAGUUAGGGGCAGCUAAACCAAAAAAUGGCAUCAGUCCUUAAAGUCACUAAAUUCUAGUCUGAGCUAUGUAGAUAGAUGGAGACGACUUGACUGGAGUCUGCGUGAUUAUCGUAACCAGUAGUGGUUGGAGACUCUGGGUAACAUGGCUCAGAAUCGAUCACAAUGGCAUAGGUGUAUACACUCUUUAUCUUUCCUUAAACAAUGAGAUUAAAAUUACUUUCCACCUUUCUUUUUACGAAUUAGUUCUUUCUUCCUCCGUCAUAUCCUUAGAUGCAAUCAUUUUUUAAAUAUUACCAUUGAAGUAACUACUAUGAAUUUAUUGUUCAUCUUGUUGUGUUCAUGAGGUAUGGCAACUUGGACCGAUGCAUAUAUGUGCCUGGUCCUACAUUGUAGAUGACUGACUGUUAACCUGAUUGUUGAUAAUUAAUAAUUUUCAUUGGUGAUGUAAACAUUAUUGAGUUUUCUUGAAGUGAAAAACAAAUAAACAAUUUCUAUAUAUCAGAAGGGGUUUUGUGGAGGUUUUAGAAAUUUCACUGAUUGAAAUCAUGAGACAAUUGAAGCAAGACCACCGUUGAAAACCUGGAAGCACUGGACGGCCGUUUCGUCCUAGUACGGGACUUUUCAGCAGUGUGCAUCCACGAUUCCACCUCACGAGAUUCGAACACAGGAUCUAUCGGUCUCACGCACAAGCGCUUAACCACUAGACCACUGAGCUGGCUGGCAUCCGAUGGCGUUAAUGUCUAACUUCAACUAAUCCACGAAAUUGAGCGCCACAUCCACCGUUGUCAUCAGUGAGUUAUUAUCUCACAUCAGACCCGGUUGAACUUUACUGAUCACUGUUUCUCACUAGAACUCCAGGAUAUACCUCUUGAAGCCAGUCACUAGUGAGCAUAUGCUGAUUAGUAUCAGAAAGGGUUUUUGUGAAUAUUAUAGUAAUUUCAAUAGUUGAGAUCAUAUGUCAAUUGAAGCUGGACUAUCAUGGAUGCAACUGCCACCCAGUGCUUCCAGGUUUUCCAGAAAAACCCCUUCUAUUGGUAAUUUCAUUGCCUAAUUGUAAACCUAAUCAAUUACUAUUUUUAUUCUCAUGUAAUAUUUCUCCGUUCAACUUGUAUCGAUAUUAUAAUUUCUAUUCUUUCUCUUUUUUUGGUGGUCUGUUGAUUUGAAUUAUGGACUAUUGAGCUGAUUUAUAGUUGUAUUAGAUGUUAUUAUAUUAACCUUGAAUCAGUCUGAAUUUUAUGGAUAGUUAGUGAUUGCAUAGAAUCAACAAUCUAGACCAUAUUAUGAAAAACUCAUAGUCUAAAUAAUAUUUACUCUUAUAUGAAUCUAUUUACUUGAAAAAAGUAAUGUGUCCGAUGACCUACAUUGAAGAAUUCUUAGAACUAUUGAAUCAAAUAAACAAAACUGUCUAAAUCAAACUGGCUUCAUUUGUCUCUAAUCUAUACGAUAAAGUUGUAUCAUCUUUUCCGACAACCAGAAACCUAAAUUAACGUCUCAUUAGUACAUUAGGUUCACUGACUUCUCACGACGGAAGUGUUGUUUACGAAAUUCAGAGGAUACAAAAAGUGAAUGUCUGGCACUUUAACCGGGUUAGUGAAUAUGAAGGAUCCACCUAGAGAAGUUGGAAAACUGUGAUUCCAAAUCAAUGGUGCACAUGGGCUCCAGGAUCCUGAAGGAACAAAUAGUAUAUGGGAUUGCAUCUCCUCACGUUGCUCCAUUACCUUGUGGAUUUAAUCUUUGAUUCAAAGUCUCCGAGUGUAACCCUCUAAAAAAACCAAUUGCUUCGGUCUGGUCACCCGGGCAGUAUUAUAGCUCACACACACAAAUCAAAUGACUUGUGUCAUGUAUAUGUACUUAGUACCUUAUUGUACCAAUGUUUAUGUGUUUAAAUAAAUAAAUAUAGAAAUCAACCAGACCAAUAUUAUACUAUAACAUUUUCUUCAUUAUUCAAUCGACUUAAGACCAUGACAUUUAUGUAUAAUGUAUGAAUAUGGAUGAUCCAUCUAGGGGAGUUGAAGAACCUUGAUCUCAAACGAAUAGUUGCUUAUGAAUUUUUAGUAUCCUGACAGAACAAAAGAUGUAUGAACUUAUUGUUGGUCACCGUCUACCAUGAAAUUACAUCUCCUCACGUUACUCCACUGCCUUGUGGAUUAGACCUUUAGGUUGAAGGCUCCACCUACUACAGUUUGGACACCCAGGCAGUGUCACAGCUCUCACACCCUUACCUUAUUGUACCAAUGUUUUAUGUGUUUAAAUAAAUAAAUAUUACAUAUCAACCAGACCAAUAUUCUACUAUAACAUUAUCUUCAUUAUUCAAUUGACUUAAGAUCAUGACAUCUAUGUAUAAUAUUCACAAUAAAUCUUUUCAUUUGUUUAUCUAUUUAUCAUUAUUAUAUAUGAUGACCUUUUAUUAUUAUUAUUUUUUAAAUUAGCUACUACUACUAUUCUUGUUCUUAAAUUGUGAUCAUACCAUGUUUCUAUGUAUCUAUCUAUCUAUUUAAAUAAAUAAAUUUGUUACUAUAGAUUGGUAUUGUUUAAUUAAUGCACUUAUAAUGUUAGUGUAUGCAAGUAACCUACCUUACCUACCUAUCUAGCUUACCUGCCUACUUACUUAACUAACUACUAUUGACUGGUCAUUAAUUAUAAUUCUGAUGAAUAAAGUUCUUCAAAAUGUAUGAUAAUUGAGUGAGUGUGUACGUGUGUGUGUGUGUGUGAGAGAGAGAAAGAGAGAUAGGUGUGGAACAAUACUUUUGGUGAGUUUGUGUUUUACUUGAUUUAACAAGAAAUUUGUUCAAAGUUCAAUUAUAUAUAAAUUUUUUUCAGAUUACCUUUUUUUCUACAUGUGAAACUAUAGAAAAUUGAGUGCUAUUCUUUAGUUAGACCAAAGAACAACUCAAAUAUAUAUAGUAACUGUUAUAUAUAUAUAUAUAUAUAAGUGUGUGUGUGUGUAUACACAUCUGUUUCUACCUUAUUCUACUACUGUUAUUGUUCACGGACCUUAGUAAUUAACCAUUGACCAAGUAUAUAUAUAUAUAUAUAUAUUCUGUGAAUUUAUCAUAUUAUUAUUACUACCACUGCUACUACUACUACCUGAAUUACAAUUUGGCAUUAAACACAUUGAACAUAUUUUAGUUAUAUGAUAUACAAUUUGAUUUUGAUUAGAAUUUUUUUUUAUAAGUUUCUACUUUUGUGAUAUUCUUCAGCAUCUAUCUGUAAGUUGGCAUCAUAUUUUAUAAUUGUUAUUUAUUCUUUAUGAAUAAUUCAUUGAUGAUAAAUGUGUAUAUGGGUUAGAUUUUUUUUAAUUUCUUAUUGAUGGGUCAUGUUAGUAGGUGUAGACUAUCUGGUUGGGAUUCGUGAGAUGAUAGAAACUGAUGGUUAGAGAUGUUGAAUGUGACAUAUCUCAAAAUGGUUUAUAAUAGCACAGAUGUAUCCAGUCUUUGUGUUCUCCCAAAUUUUUAAUCUGCUGAAUCCUCGUUGUCUCUUUUUUUCUCUUUCGAUAUUUAUUUCACUGGAUUAUACUCCUUGAAUAACAUCUUCAAAGCUAAAUGUUUCCGAUUACUGCUUACACUCUUACUACCUCUAACAAUGGGAUUUGAAUCGAUAACUGCACCUCUGUUCUAAUGUGGUAUGGCAACUUGAUUUGAUGUACAUACGUAUGUACGUACAAAGUUCUACGUUGUUACUGACUGAUUGACCUAUUGAUUUAUACACUAUGAAAGAAUCAAUGUUCGAUGAUGAUACCUCAGGAAAGGUAAUUGAAUGUUGACAACUGUUUGCAGCUGGUCACAUACGACCUAUCAGUUAGCAAAUGAAUAAACUGUAUGUCUACAUAUAUAUAGCUGAUGAAGUUAUAAAUAUUAAUUAACAAGUAAUAAUGUCAAAAUUAAAAUGAGACAGUUCUUGAUUGAGGCCAUGAAUCAAUUUAUGUUAGACCACCAUUGAAAACCUUGAAGCACUGUACGGAUAUUUCGUUCUAUUAUGGGACUCCUCAUCAGUGAGCAUCUACGAUCUCGCUCACGGGAUCCGAACGCGCGAACGCUUGACCUCUAGACCACUGAGCCGCGCCACACAAAUCUCAUUUGACUUGUGUGAGGGUUGUGAUACUGCCCAGGUGCCCAAACCGAAGCGGGUAGUUUUCUUAGGGGGUCACACCCAGAGCCUUUGACCUUAAGGUCCGACCCACAAGGCAGUAGAGCAUCGUAAGAAGAUGCAGUCCCACGGUAGCCGGUGACCAACAGUUGGUUCAUACGCCAUUUUUUCCUUCAGGAUACGAGAGCCCAUGUGCACCAUUUGUUUGGAAUGAGGGUUUUCCAACUUCCCUAGGUGUACUCUUCGUGUCCACUAAACCGGUUAAAGCGCCAGAAUUCGCUUUUCGUCCUUCUAAUUUUGUAAACAACACCCCCGGUAGGAGGAAGUGAAGACUUCCCUGACAGAGGCUAUUCCACGGCUAGUCACUGUCCAUCUUUGCUUAAAAAGCUUGUGAUUUAAGGCUAUAUCGAUGCAAUCCUCACAGGAUGCACAUAUACCAACAUAAGACCAAUCAAUUGCAGUCCUAAAUAACAAUGGGAAGAUAUAAGUAAAACAACACCAAGUGAAUUUAUGUGUAUUUCCCGUCUGUUUCUAGUAAAUCUGAUCAUUUGUCGAUAUUUACAAUUAAUUGAUCUCUAGUUUCAUGAUUUUCCAAUUCUUUGAUACUAAUCGAAUUGUUAUGUAGCCAUUCGUCUAAGUGAAUUAACAUCCAGUAGAGUAUACUGUGAUAUUAUAUUACAUGGUUGGAAGUAGUCUUCAAGAAAUCCAUAACUUAUGUUUUAGGCUAGUUAACACUUAUCAAAAAGACACACCUUAAUCGAUAAAAUUUGAUCAAACAAACAUGCCAAUAAUUACUAUUCUGUGAAAGAAUACCAAUUCUUGCAAGAUUACACGUUCUCCCUCAUGAUGAGUACCAACUAGCAGGAAACUUAGGACUAGGGUCUCUGAUCAACUACCACCUCUAACCGCCUAAUAUUCCUUGAUAUCAUUGUUUUCCUAUCGUAUGUCAUGUUGAAGUCUUUCCACUCCAGUAUUGUCAGUGAUAUAUACUUACACAAGGAAUAGCUUUUAGAAACAAAUCCUAAUUCAAUUUUCUUUGUUGUUGUCAAUACUAGAAAGAUGAAAGACAGAAAUGAGUCCUUAACAGGAGGUUGUCAUUUUGAAUAUGUAUAGGUUAAUUCUUCUCCAUUUGACUCCAAUAUAAAAUGUCUCGUUAACUAAGUAUUUUACCAGGCCGAUUAUUGUAGUAGUACUAUGAAUUUACUUGAGGAUAUUCAAAAGCCAGAACACUAGUUAUUGAGAUAGUAUUGUUAAUAAUUAAUAAAACCCAUAACCACGAGAGAGAGAGAGAUAAGCAUAUUAGGCAGUGAGUGAGUGGGCUCCUCUGGGGAUACUGCCGGUCCCAAGCUCGGAUAAAGGGGGAGGGUUGUGCAUGGGGUUAGGGACCCCAUCCUGUAGAAAACUAACUCGUUUAAAAGACGCUAACCGAAAAUAUUGUUAAUCAAUAAUGGGUAAAUUAUUGAUUAUCUAUAUUUACAACUAAUGGGAGGAUAGAUAAAAGGUUCAGACACUAUCAGUCAAACUAAUAAAUACUUUUACAUAGCGCAUUAAUUGUUUAAAUCACAACAGGUAGAUAAUAAAAAAAUCCCAAUCAGCUUAUUAUAAAUCCAUAGAAGACACUUGUGCGUUUUAUACCGUUUUUCUUCGUCAUAACAAAUCACCAAUUAUUAUCUGUUGUGACUUUAAGCCAUAAUCGAAAUACAACUUAUACAAUCUUAGUACUGUGCAAACCCAAUGACAUUCAACUGGUAUGAGCAGCCUAGCGUCCUUAUUGUUCCUUUGUUCGCCGAGCUCUUCCAGUUGAGUUCAGAACACCAAUAACAGCUUCCAUUAUAUGAAUAAUUUAUUUCAAACAUACUUGGUUUAUAUUCCAACCAAACAGACAGGAUCAAAUAGAAAAGAAAAUUUAUACACAAGAUCAAGCCAAAAAGUAGUUAUGAAUGUGGGAAACUUUAAUUAAUAAACUGAGUAUAAUUUAAGAACAGUAAAUCGUAUAAUCUUUAGGUCAAAAUAAAGGUUAUAAUAAGAGGAAUAUAGAUACACACAACCUAGUUACUGAAUAAUUAUAGAAUAAGAAUAGUUUCCAGAAGUUACUCAUAGUUUUGAUCUUCAUUGGGAUAUGACAUUUUCACUAUCCAUAACACCAAUAUUGUGUCUCUGAUCUAAAUAUCUGAACGUGUAAUUUACAAACUUUGUUGUAAUCAUGUGUUUCAUUGAUUAAAUACAUAUGUUAUUUACUCGACUUUGAUCCAUUCUACUUGCAUCAAAACUAAUGACAGCCUCUGCCAGGGAAGUCCUACUCACUGCCUUCUCGUGGCGGAGGUGUUGUUUACGAACUUGAGAGGACAAAAAGCGAAUGUCCGGCGCUUUAACCGGAUUCCAAACCAAUGGUGAACAUGGGCUCCAGUAUCCUGCGGGAACAAAUGGCGUAUGAACCAAUCGUUGGUCACCGGCUUCCAUGGGACUACAUCUCCUCACGAUGCUCUGCUGCCUUGUGGAUCAAACCUUUAGGUUAAAGGCUCGGAUUGUGGCCUCAUAAGAAAACUACCUGCUUCGGUUUGGGCACUCGAGCAGUAUCACAGCGCUCACACAAAUCGAAUGAUUUAUGUGACGCAUAUCUAUCUAUUUGGUGCCUCCGUGUAACGAUGUUUAUGUGUUUAAAUAAAUUAAUAAAAUGACACUCCUUGUAGUAAGUCAUUGUUGCCAGAUUCCAACAUGUGACCUUUUGAUACUUAUGAACAUUAAGCUAUCGUUUCAUAUCCCAAGAUUCAGUUACAUAAAUUUUUUAAUUAAUGAAUUAAGUGUGAAUGUUCAACCAAGGUGUUUGGCGUUGUUUAGUUGACUAUUCGUUCUAAUAAUUGGAACUGAACACUAAGCAUCUAUUCAUAAAAUUUGUCAUAAUAAUUCAAAUUAAUUUUAAUAGUUGAGAUCAUGAUUCACUUCGAGCUAGACCACCAUGAAAAGCCUGGAAGCACUGGACUACCGUUUCGUUCUAUUGUGGAACUCCUCGUCAGUGUGCAUCCACGAUCCCGCCUCACGAGAUCCGAACACAUUACCUAUCAGUCUCGCGUGCGAGCGCUUAACCACUAGACCACUGAGCUGGCUGAUAUCCAAUGGUGUUUAUGUUUAACUUCAACCAAUCCACGAAAUUGAGCGACAUAUCCAUCAUUGUCAUUAGUGAGUUACUCUCUCACAACAGACUUGGUUGAACUCCGCCGAUCACUGCUUGCAGGUUUUCUAUGGUGGUCUAGCUUCAAUUGACUCAUGAUCUGAACUAUAAUAUCCACAAAAACCCUUCUGAUAUUAAUUCAAAUUAAACUAAAGAUUUGAUAAAAGUGGGAAAAAGGUUAAUUUUUUUUCAAAUAUCAACCCAAAAUUGUUUUCUUUUCAUAGUCCAUUCAUUGAAACUCCUCCUCCUACUUCUUCUACAUCUGAAACAACAAUAAAUCUCAUUAAUGAUACUAAUUCUAUCAUUGAUAUGAAUCAUACUGUAAAUACAACACAAGUGAUUUGUAAUACAACUUCUCAUAGUAUCAAUACAAUCCCUUCAACAAAUGUUAAUAUUACAACUAAUGAAAAAAUAGAUAAUACAAUUAAAUCAAAUCGUAUAUCUUCUACAAAUGAUGUAUAUCGUGAACCAGUUUUAACACGUGUUGCUGCUAGUCUACGUAAUUCACCAAUUAUUACAUCAGAAUCAACAUCAUCAUCAUCAACAGUCUUACAAACUUUAUGUCAACCAAUGAUUGAUGUAAAUCCUAUGAAACGUAAAUACAAUGAUACAUCUUCAUCAUCAACAGUUACUAUGGAAUUAGAAAGUAUUAGCUCGGAAGAUAUUCAUGAUACAAUUGAUUAUAAUAAGAAAAAACGUAAAAAGAGUAAACAUCAUCAUUUGAAAAAAAUUACUUUAAAACCAUUAUUAAUGGAAAAUAAAACGACAACUAUCAUUACCAAUUUGGCCAAUAAUGAUGAGAUCAAUAGUAAAGAUGAUAAUGAUAGUAAUAAUAAUAAUAAUAAUAAUAUGAAUAAUGACAAUACGGUUGUUAUCGAAGAGAAUUCAUUACCCAUUGAAAAUGAUAGUGAACCUAUAGUUUCAUUAACAACAGAUGAAAUACAAUCUGUCGCUGAUAGUAUGAUACCUUCUACUUCAAACAUAUCAGACAAUGUACAUACGAUAUUGGAUGAUUUUCGAAAUUCUGUUAAUGAAGCUUUACAAAAAUUACAGGAACAGUUAGCUCCUACAAUAAAUGCUACAGACAAGAUUGGUGUUUAUCCAUUGACUAAUUCAGAACUACCAAAUUUACAUCCAAUUUGUUGUGAUGUUGCAAUACAAACUAAUAAUGAUAUCCAUCUAUUAGAUGAUAGCAAAUCAUUGAAAACUAUAAAUGUGAUCAACGAUACAAAAUCAGUUCAAACCGAUAUAAUGGAAGUAUCUACAGAUCUUUCUAUAUUAAAUGAUUAUAGACCACCAACAUUACAAGAACGUAUGAUGGAAGCAGAAAUUCUUCGUAUGGAACAAGAAGUUCAACGUUUAAAUGUAUUAGUUAGAUAUACACGUGCUGAAAUGGGAUUAGAAAUGCAACGUCGUAUAGGUGAAUUACGUAGAAUAUGGAAUGAUGAACUUAUUGCUAUUAUGGAAGCUGCUAGUAGAAUAUGGGAAUAUGAUGUGAUAAGAAUUGUUGAUAUUGUAAAACGUCGUCAAUGGUGUGCAUAUUGUGGACGUAUAGCCUAUUAUUAUUGUUGUUGGAAUACAUCGUAUUGCAAUAGUACUUGCCAGUCGAAACAUUGGCCUUUUCAUAUGGCUUCUUGUGUACAAGUUAAAAGUCAAUUGAAUAAUAAUAAGAAUAAUUUAAAUGGUUCUAUACGUCAUCAUUCUCAAUCACCCAACAUAACCAAUUCAUCUAAUAUCACCGAUCAACCACAUUUCUCUUUAACACAACCAUCGAUUCUUCAACAUAUUCCACAAAAUCCUCCUCCUCCUCCUCAUCAUCACCACCACCACCAACAACAACAACAAAGAAUGAUUUUACCGAUUACAUCAAAUCCAUCAAUUGGUAUGUAUCAAUUAAACAAGGAUGGUACUUUAUUAACUACCAGUAAUACUUUAUUUCAACGUUCAUUAUCAUCAUCUUGUGUUUUACAAUCUCAACCAUUUAAGAAUUGAUUCUUUUUUUAUUUUGUGUUGGUUUUUUUACUGAAUCUCAAUUGUUGUUUUUAUUUUUCUUAUGUGUAAUUAGUUACAUUUUAAUACUUUGUAUUAAUUUUACUGUAUAUUGAACAAAGUUUAUCUGAUGUAAGUAAAGUGUGACAUUUUUUUCUGUAGUAUAUAGUGUCUAAAGGUAACUGAAGAGAGUCUAUCGUGGAAGAAAUCUUUAACUUCGAGUAUAUAAUCUUCUAGUUUGAGCAGAGAUGAAUAAUUAGCUGUAUGUAUCUACAUUUUAGAGUUGAUGUUCACUGUGAAACUUGAGCCUGGUAACGUUCGCUUGAAACGCUAUUUCGUUAUCGACUUAUCUACUGACUCUUGAUAGCCACCAGCUUGUGCAAUGGAAUGAAGUGUAAAUUCAUUUUUAUAUGGGUUGUUUGAAUCUUACCAUUGAUAUUUAGGACUACAGUUGAUCAGUCUUAUAUUGGCAUAUAUACAUCCCUCAGUAUCAAGGCUAUCCGCCCCCAAAUGCCCUGGUAUUGCUGAGAGUGGGGUGGGCCCUCUCUCCCUCUCGAAAUGGCCACGCGUAUAUAGCCUCUGCAAGGGAAGUCCUACUCAUUGCCUUCUCGUGGCGGGGGUGUUGUUUACGAAAUUGAGAGGACGAAAAGCAAAUGUCCGGCGCUUUAACCAGAUUUCAAACCAAUGGUGAACAUGGGCUCCAGUAUCCUACAGGGACAAAUGGCGUAUGAACCGAUUGUUGGUCACCGGCUUCCAUGUGACUGCAUCUCCUUACGAUGCUCCACUGCCUUGUGGAUCAGACCUUCAGGUCGAAGGCUCCGGAUGUGGCCCCCUAAGAAAACCACGUGCUUCAGUUUGGUCACCCGGUCAGUAUCACAGCCCUCACACAAAUCAAGUGACUAGUGUGGUGCAUAUGUAUUUGGUGCCUCCUUGUACCAAUGUUUAUGUGUUUAAAUAAAUAAUGAUAAAUAAAUAAUUAAGGCUAUCCACGCAGGAUGCACAUAUACUAACAAGAGACUGAUCAAUUACAGUCCUAUGUUUCAAUGGGAAGAUUCCAACAACCAAUACAAAAGUGAAUUUUCUAUUUUACUGUAUGAUAUUAUAUCAGUUAGUUCAAUCUCAUCUAACUAAUUGACAAUCCACAUUCUUAAUUACACAAGGUUCAAUUAAUCCAGUCGAAUUUGAACGUACUUUUGCAUACAAAUCAUGUGUUUGAGAGAAUGAAAAUUGAUGUGUAGGUAUCAUUAGACAUUCUUAGAACUAGUGUUAUAAUCAUUUGUCUAUGAAAUAUCAUUUGAACAACUCUGCAAUGCAUGUAAGGUUCUGUAUAACAUUAAUAUAGGGAGUUAUUUGACACAUAUCUCGUACCGUAACUAAGAGACCUAAUAGUCUUUCACAUUUAUAUUUCUAUAUUUAGUAACUUUCUCUGGGAACAUUACUUUUGACUACUGGAUAUGCUAAGUCAUUCAAAAUGAUUAAUUUAAAUAUAAGUUCAUUAAUAAAGUGUAUGUAUAAAUACAUAGCCGCCCUAAGUCUUGCAUUGUACAUACAUGAGCUAAUUGAAUACCAUCCUUGUACUCAAACUUUAAGUACGGUGGGAAGAGGUUUAAACUGAUGGAUUAAUGGUUAAAAGUUGAUCAUUUUGACGUGUGAGACAGUUUCCUAUUUCUGGCUCACUGUGCUUGGAUGUAAGAUAAUUGUUUUGGUUUGAUAACUAUUGCCAUUAUCACAAUUCUCUUCCUGAGCAUAGACGAAACGUGCAACCGCAACGAUGUAACGGAAAAAAAAAG